AAACGCAGACCCGGCCUGCCUCUUCUUUAUUGUUAUUAUUAUUAUUUUGGGCUGCUGCUGCUCCGCCAUUCGUUCCAGGGAGGAGGCAGCUUACCCAGAUUAGCUGCCUGUUAUUGUAGUUCACCCGGGAAGCAAAUUUAUUGCCCUUUUUUCCGCCACCCCGCCCGGCACUUGUCCUUCAUUCGUAUUCCAGGCAGCGGCGCUUGCCUCAUCUGGUCUGCCGGGUGACUUGUGAUUUCCUAUUUGCCCCCCGAAGGACUCGCUUUAUUCUUUUUACUGCUAAUAAGAUUUUGGUCCUUCUAAUGGCCUUGAACGGAUGGGAGGGGGAUUGCUACUGGGAGCUGUGUUUUAAUUGAGUUCGUGCCCCAUUCAAAGUGGCAUGGAAAUUAAUUUCAAUUAACUAGCAAGGCAAGUCCUCUUGACAAGUUUUCGAAGCAUACUUCUUGGGGCGAGGUCCUUAAAGAGUCCUUGGAGUUCGUCACUUGUCUGAAAGAGAUGUGUCUCUCAUUUGAAUGCCUGAAAAGGGCAGUGGGUUGGAAAGAAAGCUCUGGACUCCUGACUCCCACAGUUGACCUUUCCAAAGUGCUCAGAUAUUUCUGAAAACAAAUCCCACAAAAAUUCAAUGGCCCAGAAAAGUUAGUGUUUGUGUUUCUGUCCCACUACUACCCAGUUCACACUAGACACGACCACCAACCACCAGACCUCCAGAUCACCAGCCACAUCCUCCCAAACCUCCCAGCCAUUCCAAAAUUGAAAACAGAACCAACUCUUUGCUUUCGCACGCUGCUGGAAAGGCGAGGAGGAAGGAGCUGAGCCAGAAGCCCGAAACAUGGGCCGCCGGAGACAGUGCAUCGACCAGGUGGUGACCGACCUCUGCCUGGGCCACUACCAAGUGGGCCUGGUCCGUAUUAACGAGGAACUGGACCAGUUGCGCGACCACGACGAGAUCGUGGCCCUGCUGGAGCUGAAGAACAUCCUGGUGCGGCUGCGGCUAAAGCCCGAGGAGCAGCGCUCGAUCGGUCCGACCCGCCACUCGGACGCCCUGCCCCACGGCUUCACCCUCGAGAUGCUGGACGUGGUGCAGAAGGUGCUCCGAUGCCGCAACCACUACGAGGUGCUCCGCGUCUCGCACCACGCCACCUACUCGGAGGUGAAGCGGGCCUACCACAAGCUGGCCCUCCGCCUCCAUCCGGACAAGAACCUGUGUCCCGGCGCCGAGCCGGCCUUCCGUCGGAUCAGCGAGGCGGCCGACUGCCUCACCGACUGCCAGAAGCGGAUCGAGUACAACAUUGUGACGGCUGUGGGGGAUUGCUUCGGACAGCGUCGCUCCGAGUACGAGGACUACCUCAGCGCCACCACGGAGAAGGAGCAGGAGCAGGACCAGGAGAAGGAGGAGAGUGACCUGCCCGGGGAGGACCCUAGGGAUGUCCACCACAGGAAGCCGUACCAGCCGGCUAACCAGCGGAAGCCCCAGCGGCAGACCUACUACCAGACGGAGCAACUAGUGAUCGGAGUCCUGGCCUCCCUGGUGUUCCUCUUCAUCACCCUGCACUACAUAGCCGCCUCCCCGGUGUACAGCUUCUCGCAGACCAGCACCCACAGCCUGCGGCGGAUCAGCCAGACCCACCACAUCGCCUACUACCUCAGCCCGGCGAGCGUGGCCAAGUACACGGACCAGAAGCUGGCCAGGCUGGUGCAGGAGAUCGAGCAGGUCUUCAUAGCGGAUCUCAAGCAGAACUGCAAGCAAGAGCGGAGUCUGCGAGACACCAUGCUGCUGCGGGCCAGGCAGGGGAACAAUGCCAAGCUGCGGGAGCAUGCCAUCCAGAUGCAGACACCCGCCUGCCAUGCCCUGCUCCAACUGGGCCUCAUCCCGGGUCCUCGCCCGCUGCUUCUAGAGAGCGGCUCUGGGGAGGAUCAGCGACUGCAGCCACUGGAGCUGGACUAAAAUCGAUUCUUCAAGGGAGUCAAGUGAUAUAGGAAGUCAAGGAAUACCAAGCUAGCUUUGUAAUUUGUAAAGAAAAGUAAUGUUUAGUUUAAAUUAAAAAUAAUAAUGAGUCAUAAGAGGAACCAAGUGGUCCGAAA